AUGGUAGCCCAAGCGUUUAAUGGCAAGACAGUCAACGAGUCUUUUCAACUGGAGGAAGCACCAGUCUUACCGCAAGUGGUGCUGGAUUCACGGCUCACGGCGAUGCGUGUACCAAAUAUCGUACUUCCCGACGACCGUCAGCAGAUGAGUGCUGGGAAGCGUGGGACAACAACAAUCGACAGGGCGGAUCCUGCUUUUAAGCGAUCCCACCGAUGGGAUGUUGUUGCCAGCCUACGUACAGGCGAUGGGAAGCUUAUUCAUCCGUCACGUGUGGCGACUACCAGCACAGCGCCUGCCACUGGCCCUACACCACAACCAGUGAUUGGUAAAGAGCCGGCAUUCCAACAUUCCAUGCUAAAACCAAAGCAUGAUGCUGGCCCACAACUUGUGGCCGAUUACUGGUCCGCUUAUGACACGGACUUACAACACCGUCGGAUGGAUGAGGCGACACCACACACGCUCUUGCCCUACCCAGAUCUCAACAUAAUUGAUGCAUGGCUACCGGAGGCCAUUGAGCCCCCAAACCGUGUAUCUCUGGGAGGGUCCUUUUAUUGA